UCUCCUUCUUUUCACAACAAAAUCAAAUCCUGAAGUCGUUUUUUCCUUUUUCUUUUCUAGGGUUUACACCCGAAAACCCUUCUCCAUCUCAAAAUCUCCAUCAUCAUCAUCUCGGAUUCUGAAGUUCUUAUCAUCAAUCAAUCAUGGCGGAAUUAGACAGAGUAACAAAAGGUUUGAAGGAACUGGAAUACCUCUCACUUGUAUCCAAGGUAUGUACCGAACUCGAAUCGCAUCUAGGUUUUUCAGACAAAGUAUUAGCCGAAUUCAUAACUGAAAUUGGUCGUGAUGCUGAAUCUGUUGAUGAAUUUGAUUCUGAAUUGAAAAACAAAGGUGCUGAGAUGCCUGAUUAUUUCGUUCGUACACUGUUUACAAUUAUUCAUGCUAUUUUACCGACUAAAUCUAAGAAGGAAGAUGAUGAGCCGGUUUUCAAAUCUCUUUCGAUUGCUGAUGGUAAAGCUAGGGUUAAAGAAUUAGAAAAAGAGAUUGAGAGAGAAGCUAGAGAAAGGCAGAGAGAAGAGGAUGAGAGUAAACGGAAAGAAAGAGAUCGAGAUAGAGACCGAGAUAAUAACGAUAGGCAUCGAGAUAGAGAUGGUAGAGAUGGUGGUAGAGGAGGUAGAGAUAGAGAUGGGAGAGAUGGUGGUAGUGGAGGUAGAGAUAGAGAUGGUGGUAGAGAUAGGGAGGCGGAUUAUCGGAGUGGUGGUGGUGGAAGGGAUAGGCAUAGAGAUAGAGAUAGAUAUGAUGAAAGAGAUGAUAGAAGAGGGGAGAGAUUUAGAGGGGAAGAGGAUGACCAAGGUUAUAAUAGGAGGGACGAUAGAGGAAGGGAAAGGGAUCAUGGUCGUGGUGGUGGUGGUAGAGACAGGGGAAGGAGGAGGGAUGAGAAUUAUGAUGUUAAUAGAGGAGAUGAAGAUUACGGAGAUGAAAAGAUUGAUAAGCGUCAAAGUGAGCCUGAAUUGUACCAUGUGUAUGCUGGUAGAGUUGCGAAGGUGAUGGAUACAGGGUGUUUUGUGUCGUUGAAUGAUUUCAGAGAAAAAGAGGGUUUGGUUCAUGUAUCACAGAUGGCUACUCGAAGGGUUGCUAACGCUAAAGAAUUUGUGAAACGGGAUCAAAGUGUGUUUGUUAAGGUGAUUUCUUUGUCGGGACAGAAGAUGAGUUUAUCGAUGAGGGAUGUUGAUCAGGAUACUGGGAAAGAUCUUAUACCUAUUAAAAAGACUGCUGAGGAUGAAUCGCACAGGACGAAUCCUCAAGGUUCAAAUCGUGGUCCGAAUUCUAAAGUGGGGAUUUCAGGGAUUAGGAUCUUGGAAGAGGAUGAGGAUACUGUUCCUUCACGCCGUCCAUCAAAGCGAAUGAGCUCACCAGAAAAAUGGGAAGCAAAACAGUUGAUUGCUUCUGGUGUGUUGGAUGCUAGUGAGUUUCCUAAUUUUGAUGAAGAUGGGGAGCCUGGAAUGCUUUAUCAAGAAGAGGGUGGCGAGGAAGAGCUCGAGAUUGAGCUGAAUGAAGAUGAACCAGCGUUCUUGCAAGGGCAGAGUCGAUACUCUAUGGAUAUGUCACCAGUUAAGAUAUUCAAAAAUCCUGAAGGUUCUUUAAGUCGUGCAGCAGCUCUUCAAUCAGCUCUGAUAAAGGAGCGUAGAGAAGUUCGGGAACAGCAGCAGCGGACAAUGCUUGAUUCUAUCCCAAAGGAUCUCAAUCGACCAUGGGAGGACCCAAUGCCGGAGACGGGAGAAAGACAUCUUGCACAGGAGUUGAGAGGAGUUGGGUUAUCAGCUUACGAUAUGCCUGAAUGGAAGAAGGAUGCCUAUGGAAAAGCACUGACAUUUGGACAGAGAUCCAAGCUCUCCCUCCAGGAACAAAGGCAGAGUCUACCAAUAUACAAAUUGAAGAAAGAGCUGGUUCAAGCUGUGCACGAUAACCAAGUACUGGUUGUUAUUGGAGAAACAGGUUCAGGAAAGACGACUCAAGUGACUCAGUAUCUCGCCGAGGCUGGUUACACAACCAAAGGUAAAAUUGGGUGUACACAACCUCGUAGGGUUGCUGCUAUGUCAGUAGCGAAGAGGGUGGCCGAAGAAUUUGGUUGCCGUUUGGGUGAAGAAGUUGGUUAUGCCAUCAGGUUCGAGGACUGCACUGGACCUGAUACUGUUAUCAAGUAUAUGACUGACGGUAUGCUUCUUAGGGAGAUUUUGAUUGAUGAAAGCCUCUCCCAGUACUCUGUUAUUAUGCUUGAUGAAGCUCAUGAGAGGACGAUCCAUACUGAUGUCCUUUUUGGUUUACUCAAGCAACUCUUGAAUCGAAGACCUGACCUUCGGUUGAUUGUUACAUCUGCCACUCUAGAUGCUGAGAAGUUUUCUGGUUACUUCUUCAAUUGUAAUAUCUUCACCAUUCCUGGGAGAACCUUUCCGGUUGAGAUCAUGUACACAAAACAGCCGGAGAGUGAUUAUUUGGAUGCGUCAUUGAUCACUGUGCUGCAGAUCCACUUGACAGAACCUGAGGGUGAUAUUCUUCUCUUCUUAACUGGUCAGGAGGAAAUUGAUCACGCUUGUCAGUCCCUGUAUGAGAGAAUGAAAGGGCUCGGGAAAAACGUACCGGAGCUGAUUAUCUUGCCUGUUUACAGUGCUCUUCCUAGUGAAAUGCAAUCAAGAAUAUUUGAUCCUGCUCCUCCUGGGAAGAGGAAGGUGGUCGUAGCUACUAAUAUUGCGGAGGCAUCUUUGACAAUAGAUGGUAUAUUCUAUGUCAUUGAUCCUGGAUUUGCAAAGCAGAAUGUGUAUAACCCGAAGCAAGGGCUUGAUUCACUUAUCAUCACUCCCAUCUCACAAGCAUCUGCUAAGCAACGAGCUGGACGUGCUGGUCGUACUGGACCUGGGAAAUGUUAUCGACUGUAUACUGAGAGUGCUUAUCGUAAUGAGAUGUCUCCUACUUCCAUACCAGAAAUACAAAGGAUAAACCUUGGAUCUACUACUCUGCAAAUGAAGGCGAUGGGUAUCAAUGAUCUACUUUCUUUUGAUUUUAUGGAUCCUCCUUCACCCCAAGCUCUAAUAUCUGCCAUGGAGCAGUUAUACAGUCUAGGCGCCUUGGAUGAAGAGGGGCUUCUGACCAAGUUGGGUAGAAAGAUGGCAGAGUUUCCACUUGAUCCUCCUAUGUGUAAGAUGCUCCUCGCAAGUGUCGACCUCGGAUGCAGUGAUGAGAUUUUAACAAUCAUUGCCAUGAUUCAGACGGGGAACAUCUUUUACAGGCCUAGAGAGAAGCAAGCACAAGCAGAUCAGAAGAGGGCAAAGUUUUUUCAGCCUGAGGGAGAUCAUCUCACGCUUCUUGCUGUGUAUGAGGCAUGGAAGGCGAAGAAUUUUUCCGGACCAUGGUGCUUUGAAAACUUUGUCCAGUCGAGAUCUCUGAGGAGGGCGCAAGAUGUGAGGAAACAACUUCUCACCAUUAUGGACAGGUAUAAGUUGGAUGUUGUAUGUGCUGGAAAGAAUUUCACGAAGAUAAGAAAGGCCAUUGCAGCAGGAUUCUUCUUCCAUGCAUCUAGAAAGGAUCCCCAGGAGGGUUACAGGACACUAGUCGAGAACCAGCCAGUUUACAUUCACCCCAGCAGUGCUGUUUUCCAGCGUCAGCCAGAUUGGGUGAUCUACCACGAGCUGGUAAUGACUACAAAGGAGUACAUGCGUGAGGUAACAGUGAUUGACCCUAAAUGGCUAGUCGAUUUGGCCCCGAGAUUCUUUAAAUCUGCAGAUCCGACAAAGAUGAGUAAAAGGAAGCGGCAGGAGAGAAUUGAGCCAUUGUAUGAUAGAUAUCAUGAGCCAAAUUCAUGGCGUUUAAGUAAACGUCGUGCAUGAUUUUGUAGCGUUAUUUUCAUUUUCUGAUUAAAUCUUUUAAGAAACGAUCAGAGUGGAGUAAUUUGUAAAAGAUGAGGGAUAAUGUUGCUGAACUUGAUGUUGUAACAAAAUCCCAGUUUUGUACAUUCUUUGAGUUUUACAUGCCCAUUCUCAUAGAGAUGCUUGUCGUUCCCUAAGUUUGUGGAACGUUUUGGUUUUUAAAGAUUAAAUUAUUAGUAGAGUGAGGCAGUUUCUUUCUUUCUUUCAAAUGUAUAUUGGAUUGGCAGAUAACCAAGGAAUUUGAAGGCUACAAGGACAUUUCACCA